AUGGGGUUUAUCUCAGCUUUUCUAUGCGUGUUUGUCCCAUUAGUCUCAUUUUCCACCUACAUCACAUUUAGACAAGGCAACAAGCUUCCCCAAAUAACCCGCCAAACAGGAAGAUCUAUAGGUAUGGGCUACAACUACUUGCGUAUCGUAAUCAAGCACAUGACUCCAAAAUCCAACGAAAGCAUCGAAGUUAUUAGAAAAAUGCGACAAGUCGGCCAGCAAGCCUUUGCGUUUAGCAAUGAAGUUAAAUGGAAUUUAUUGGAAACCAAGCCACUCAUAAAAGAAGCUUUUCCCAAUCUCACUGAAGAUCCUUUUAAUAAAUUCGGCCUAAGAGGUGAAAUUAAAGGCGAAGAAGAGAAAAAGCCAAAUCCAGCAGCAUCUACGUCAAAUUUAAUUGCAGAAACCUUUAACCAGCGCUCUCAGCUAAUUAAAAAGAAAAAGCAAAAAGCGCUUGAAGAAGAAACCUCGAACAGAAUUUAA